AUGGCAGGUCUGAAAGACGAUGAAUGCAGAACAAAAUUCCGCCAACGCGUGUCUAUUCAUGUUGGAGUACGGACCAGGAAGAAGCUUAGCGAUGUGAAUUCCUUCACAAAGUGCAUCCAGGACGCUGCAAAGGAAACGCUCUCGGUUCUGUUGCCGCGGAAGAAGUUUGCCUUUGCAUCUGCGGAAACAAAAUCCACAUACAAUUCUGUAUGUGUCUCGCGCAGCGCUGGUGACUUCAACCAGGAAAAGCGUCUUAGAAGGAAGCUGCGUCGUCAACUGCAACAAGACCGCGAUAACGAGUGGACGUCAAGAGCGAUGAAGUUUGAGAAGGCGUGGGAGGACAAGAACCCGCGGAAAGCCUAUGCUCUACUAAAACAGUAUAGCGGCAAAAUGAAAAGAUGUUCCCCUAUCCUCAACACUGCCAAUGGGGUAGCUGUCGGUGAAGCAACCCUUUCAAUUCGGAAGGAACACUUCAAGACCUCGCUGAACCGGCUAGCACCGUCAGCUCCUGAACUCGAACACGUUCAUAGACCGACGUAUGCGGUUAACGAGGGGCCACCGAUCGAGUCGGAGGUCAUGGUCUGUAUUCAAAAAAUGAAGAAUGGAAAAUCUGGUGGAGACGACGGGAUUAGCGCAGAAAUGCUAAAAUAUCUUCCUCCGUCGGGGAUUCGAAUUAUCGAAGAAUCCCUUUGCUGCGUGUACAAAGCAUUGGAGCGCAUUAUCCUGAACCGACUCAUUAAAUAUCGCAAAGAAACAACGCACGACGAGCAAGCUGGCUUUCGUCCUGGCCGAUCUACGAUUGACGAGGUGUUCAUCGUCAGGAGAGUGAUCGAAAUCUGGCAGCGGUAUUCGAAGCCAGUGCAAUUACCGUUUCUGGACUUUGAGGCUGCGUUCGACUCUUCUCACCGAGGCCGUCUUCUCAACGCGCUUUGCACCGACGGAGUACCAGGAAAGUUCAUUCGCUUGCUUGAUGACAUGAAUCAACGAACAACUGCUGCAGUCCGAACACCAGCCGGAUGUACAACACCGUUUGAAGUGGUAACUGGAGUAGGACAAGGGGCAGUGGCUUCCUGUUCAAUUUCGCCAUCGACGACAUUAUGCGAAGAACAGUCGACCAGUGUCCUGCCGACAUUGUCUUAG